AUGUUGAUAGCUGUAGGAGCAGGGCCCGGGAACCCAGCCGGUCCCACCAAGAAACAUCGGAAACGAGGAAGGAAACACAAGAAAAACAAAGCAGAUGAAAGCAGGACUGAUGAGAUCUGUCAACUCCAAAACGCCAACCAGCACGAAAACAACAACAUCACUCAACAAAUUAAUCAAGAAAAACCAGAAGAACAUCUCGACCAAUCACCAACUUGCAAAUUUCCAAGCCCCGCCUUCAGCCGAUCACCGAGCCCCGCCCAUGAAUUUGCGGCUUCCUCUGACAACGAGUCAACACACAAUCUGUCGUCAUCGCCACGUGGGAGCGAGGAAAACCAGACCUCGAGCUUGUCUUACAUUGGGUCUGAAUCUGCGAUAGAUUUCGAGGCAGAAGUGUUGAAAUUUGCUGAAAAUUACGGCACAAAAAAAGCACCCACCCCUCCUGUGAGUCCAGAGAAUGACCACUUCCUACUCAGCUCCUUCACGUUCACCUCCACGGUCUCGUCGCACCUUUACUCUCCGCUCUGCGCGUCUUCCACUUCGUUUUUACGCCCAUUUGACUCUCUUCCUCCCUCUCUGGGGCUGCCUCCUAUGAUGUCGCUGAUCCCGCCCACUCCCCUGCUGGCCCCGCCCACUCCCCUGUUGGCUCCACCACCUCUGCUGGCCACACCCCCUCCUGCUUUGAGUCCGCCCCCUCUUGAGUUCACUCCACCCCCGACUCAGCUGCUGGGGUCCGACGAUGAAGAGCAGGAAGAUCCGUCAGACUAUUGUAAAGGUGGUUACUACCCGGUGAAAAUCGGGGACCUAUUUAACGGCCGGUAUCACGUGGUGAGGAAACUGGGCUGGGGUCACUUCUCCACUGUCUGGCUCUGCUGGGAUCUUCAGAGGAAGAGGUUUGUUGCGCUGAAGGUGGUGAAGAGUGCUCCACAUUACACUGAGACGGCUAUCGAUGAGAUCAAACUUCUCCGAUGUGUGAGAGACAGUGACCCUUCAGACCCUCACAGAGAAACUAUUGUUCAACUCAUCGAUGACUUCAAGAUCUCAGGAGUCAAUGGAGUCCAUGUGUGCAUGGUGAUGGAGGUGUUGGGGCAUCAGCUCCUCAAGUGGAUCAUAAAGUCCAAUUACAUGGGCCUCCCUCUGGUCUGUGUCAAAAGCAUCAUCAAACAGGUACUGCAGGGGCUGGACUACCUUCACACUAAGUGUAAGAUCAUCCACACAGACAUCAAACCAGAGAACAUCCUGCUGCAGGCCGACGAGGUCUACAUCCGACGCCUGGCGGCCGAGGCCACAGUGUGGCAGCGGGCUGGAGCCCCGCCCCCUUCAGGCUCCUCAGUGAGCACGGCUCCCAGGGACCUACAGGGCAGCAAACUGUCCAAGAACAAGAGGAAAAAGAUAAAGAGAAAAGCCAAACGUCAACAGAAACUAUUAGAGGAGAGGCUCGUAGAUAUCCAGAAAAUGGAUGAAGAAGAUGAAAGCCACCAACCAGAUGAGGCCGACAACGCUGUGAAUGGCAACAACACUGUCUCUAAUCACAAAGCCAGUCCAGAGUCUUCCUCCUCCUGGUUGGACGAACGAUGUAACGGCCACGCCCCAGGCAGAUUCUCUAGCCCCGCCUCCGGACUGUCGGGGUUCUCAAGCUCAGUGAUGUCAGCCACGUCCGAGUCUGCCGUCUCCACACAGUCCGGGUAUUCCAGUGGCAAAGAUGUUUUUACAGCGUCAGACUUUGUGCUCAGUCCUCUCGAUCCACAAAACGCAGACAAAAUCCAAGUGAAGAUUGCCGACCUGGGAAAUGCGUGUUGGGUGCACAAACACUUUACGGAGGACAUUCAGACAAGGCAAUACCGAGCCGUGGAGGUUUUGAUCGGAGCGGAGUAUGGGACCCCGGCGGAUAUCUGGAGCACAGCCUGCAUGGCAUUUGAAUUGGCCACAGGAGAUUAUCUAUUUGAGCCUCACUCGGGGGAGGACUACACCAGGGAUGAAGAUCACAUUGCUCACAUUAUUGAGCUGUUGGGACCACUGCCUCUGCCCUUCGCUCUCUCAGGAAGGUACUCAAGGGAGUACUUCAACAGGAGAGGAGAGCUGCGCCACAUCUCGUCCCUGAAGCCCUGGGGUCUGUUCGAGGUGCUGCUGGAGAAGUACGAGUGGCCCCUGGACCAGGCGGCUCAGUUCAGUGACUUUUUGAUGACCAUGUUAGACCUGGACCCAGAGAGACGAGCUUCAGCAAAAGUGUGUCUACAACACGCUUGGCUACAAGACACUCUGCCCCCUAGAGAAGAGGAGUAA